UCAAGUCCAAAACUCUUAGUUCAUCAUGGGAGUUUUCAAUUACGAGGCUGAGACCCCCUCCGUUAUCCCAGCGGCUCGGCUGUUCAAGGCCUUUAUCCUUGAUGGCGAUAAGCUCCUUCCAAAGGUUGCACCUGAAGCUGUUAGCAGUGUUGAGAACAUUGAAGGAAAUGGAGGGCCUGGAACCAUCAAGAAGAUCACCUUUCCCGAAGGCAGCCCUUUCAAGUACGUAAAGGAGAGGGUUGAUGAGGUUGAUCGCGUAAACUUCAAAUACAGCUUCAGCGUGAUCGAGGGUGGUGCCGUGGGCGACACACUGGAGAAGAUCUGUAACGAGAUCAAGAUAGUGGCAGCCCCUGAUGGAGGAUCCAUCUUGAAGAUCAGCAACAAGUUCCACACCAAAGGCGACCAUGAGAUAAAUGCAGAGCAGAUUAAGAUUGAAAAAGAAAAGGCCGUGGGACUUCUCAAGGCAGUUGAGAGCUACCUCUUGGCACACUCUGAUGCCUACAACUAAAUUCUGCUUAAUUUUGAUCAGCUUGCAUGUGUUCUUGUCAAGCCAUAAAUACUGCUUAAUUUCGUCUUGCUAAUAAAUGAAGCUGUUGUAGUCGUUUAUGAGUACGUAAUAAUGACACCAAACAUAUGGAGCCAAUUGCUUAUGAAUAGAAGUUAAGUUCUUAAA